AUGCCUCAGCAAAGUAUCCUAAUUGUUGAACUAUUUGAUGUUUGGGGUAUUGAUUUCAUGAGAUCGUUCCCAUCUUCUAAUGGGAACCCAUAUAUUUUAGUGAUUGUGGAAUAUGUUUCAAAGUGGGUCGAGGCCAUUGCAGCACCACCUAAUCAAGGAUCAGUAGUCCUGAAGUUCCUCCAAGGAGUUAUAUUUCCACGUUUUGGAAUUCCGCGCAUUAUUCUUAGCGAUGGGGGGAAGCAUUUUAUUAAUAAACCGUUUGCUAACCUACUUGAAAAGUAUGAGAUUAAUCAUGGCGUGGCUACACCUUACCACCCACAGACAUCUGGUCCAGUCGAAGUUUCAAAUAGAGAAAUCAAGCGUAUUUUGGAGAAAACAAUUGGUUCUACAUGCAAGAAUUGGAGUUUAAAAUUAAAUGAUCCUUUGUGGCAUACAGGACAGCUUAUAAGACUCCUAUUAGGAUGUCACCAUUUCGACUUUUCAAGGCUCACGUUGUUUCCAGGGAAAUUAAAGUCUAGCUGGACUGGACCCUAUCUGGUGACUAAAGUUUUUCCUCAUGGGGCUGUUGAAAUAACUAAUGAGGCUAAAGGCAACACAUUCAAGGUGAAUGGUCAGAGGCUGAAACCAUACGUGGAGUUUCCCCUUGACACUGCACAAUGA